GGCGGCUGCGGCGAGUCCCUUUUUCCCUGCGAGCGGGGGCCCGGCCAGGGCCGGUUGGAGACGCGCAGGUCGCCGAAGGGAAGCCGGCAAGGCAAUCCCCCGGAGCCACGGGGAACCGAGAGGGGCCUGGCCGGCCGGGAAGGGAAGACGCUGCUGCAGCUUCCACCAUCCACUGCCUGUCCACACUCUCCCAGCCCCCAUGCCGCGGGCGCCCCGUGGCUCCCUUCGUGACACCAGCCCCCAGCCAUGCCCUGGGAUGUCAAGCGACAAGGUGGUGGCCUUGACGGGCCGUCCCAGUCCCGGGCCCAGAAGCAGUGCAAGAAGUCCUCCUUUGCUUUCUACCAGGCAGUGAGGGACUUACUGCCCGUGUGGUUCCUGGAGGACAUGCGAGCCACCGAGGCCUUCCACUGGGAGGAAGGAGGACGUGCCAGCACUUACUCGCCCUCUGAGGCCCUGCUGUACGCCCUGGUCCACGACCACCAGCCCUACGCCCAUUACCUGCUGGCCAAGUUCCCCCGGGGAGCCCUGGCCGUGCCCAGCCGCAAUUUCAGUUGCUGUCAGUCUUCGUCCCCACACCUGGCCUUGGCUGUCCGUUAUAACCGUGUACAUAUCCUACGGCGCAUCUUGCGGACCAUCCGCGACUUCCCGGACGAGGAGCGCACCCACUACCUGGACCGCCGGGGCUGUAGCCGUGUGGAAGAAGGCAAGACCUCUCUGCACGUCGCCUGCGAGCUGGCCCGACCCGAGUGCCUCUUUUUACUGUUGGGCCACGGUGCUUCCCCCGGGCUGUGCGACGGUGCCGGCAACACCCCCUUGGAUCUGCUGCUCCGUCGGGUGGGACAGGACACGGUGGCCCCGACGGCAGCGCCGACGACGGCCGGGGACCCCCUGGCCCUGCUGGACUUGCUCUUCCUCUACAUGCCCCCAGGUUCUGCCUCUCCCAUGCAGAGGGAGCUGCUGGGCGACCGGGUCCGCUGGCAGCGCCUCCUGGGGGAGGAAAAGUUCCAGUGGCUUGCUGGCCUGGCCCCACCAUCCCUAUUUGCCCGGGCCAUGCAGGCCCUUGUGAGGUCCAUCUCGCCCCGACGCUUCCCUGAAGCUCUGGAUGAACUGCCUCUCCCACCAUUCCUCCAACCCUUGGACUUAAAGUUGAAAAGUUAAGGGGUAGAGGGGAUAGAUGCCCACCAUCGUAGCUGCUACCGGAUUGUUGCAAUGGGGUUUUUGUGUGUGCGUGCGUGUGCGUGUGUAUGCGUGUUGGGUGCAUGUGUGCAAUGGGAAUGCAUGUGAUAUCUUUCUGCUGGAGGCAGAUCCUAGGCACUUGUUUUAUGAAAACUAUUUUUCAGAGUUGUCUCUGGCACUUUACAUACAUAUUGAGAUCUAUAUCUGUAGCAACAUCUAUAAUGCACUCUAUAUUUUGUUUAAAAAAAACAAACAACGGACAGACAGGUUGUCGCUGCAACUUUAGAGGAGAUUCACACCAGCCAUUAGGGGACUGCAAGGUCACUGCAAGGUCACGGGGGCUGUAAGUCUUGUUACUCCUCGUAGGAGGAGGGAGCCAAUAAACAUUGGGAGUCUA